AUGGUCCAUACACCAGCCGUCAUACUCCUCUCUUUCGUCCUGGCCGCGGGAUUCCUGCUGGUGAUUCUGAGCUGUGCGUUAUGGGCAAAUUGGCUCCCAUUGUUAGUCGCUCUCACUUUCGUUCUUGCUCCCCUGCCGAAUUCCAUCUGCUCGAGAUGCGCUAGAGCGGACGACAUUUCACCAGAAUACAACUCGACAUAUGUGGACUUUGGAAGGUUCGUCACUGGCAUGUUGGUCACCACCGGGCUCUGUCUGCCAAUUCUCCUCGCGCACUCUGCGCUGAUUCAGCCUGCUGCAUGCUGGAUGUCCAUUGCUGGAGGUGGACUGGUGUACGGUACAAUACUAGUCUACUCGGGCUGGUUCGGUGGAUCCACCGACGAUGAGUUCUAG